AAUGUCAUCGCUUGUCAAAAACCUGAUAGACCAGACAGUGCGCGCACGACUCACACGCGUCGAUAUGAAUAUGAGCUUAAACGACUGCAAAAGAUUAGCCGCUUCCUCGACGACUGCAGUCUGACCUUUCAUUAUUUUGUGGCGUCAUGAAAAAACACCAUAGUCCUGCAAAGCAGCCGGCGGCGGCUGCAGACGUCCCGCCGGCUGUUGCGGCGUCGACUCAGGGCGGUGAGGUGACCGUCCAGAAACUCAAUGAGCUGCUGUCCAACGGCAGCGGCUUCUAUAGCCUCCCGACGCAGCACUUCAACGAGGUCUUCCCGAGGAUAUACAUUGGCAACGCGUUCGUGGCCCAGAAUGCAAUGCGCCUGCAGAAGCUGGGCGUGACCCACGUGCUGAACAUGGCGGAAGGCACCUCCUUCAUGCACGUCAACACCAGCGCCGACUUCUACGCGGGCACGGGCAUCGCCUACCACGGCAUCAAGGCCAACGACACUCAACAGUUUGACCUCAGUGCCUUCUUUGAGGAGGGCGCCGAUUUUAUUGACAAGGCCCUUGCGCACAACAAUGGCAAAGGGAAAGUGUACGUGCACUGCCGGGAAGGCUACAGCCGCUCGCCCACCAUGGUGGUGGCUUACCUCAUGCUGCGCCACAAAAUGGACGCCCGGCAGGCAGUGGCCACCGUACGGCAAAAGAGGGAGAUCGGCCCCAAUGACGGCUUCCUGCGCCUGCUGUGCCAACUCAACGAGAAACUGGACCGUGAGGGCAAGCUGAACGGCGAGGUGGGCAAACUUAAGACCAAAUGAAAAUCACCUCGCAUCAUGCCUUUCACUGGUUUCCCGUUGCGCUCCGGGACCCUACUCACAAACCAGCACCCGUCUGAGGGGUUCUCCGGAACAUGCUUUUUAUCAAUGUCGAUCAUUCCGCGCACGCAAAUGUCCAUGUUUACCUUCCAAUCGCCAUGACGAGCUGCCGUAAACUCUCACUAAUCACUCAAUAGACUUAGACCUCAUAGAACUGAGCUACUUCGAGCAUUCCGAUGCCCCGUACUCCCAAGAUUCCUAAUAUAAAAGAGGACAGCACAAUCAUCCCGAGAGGUUUCACUGCCGCAAAUGUCAGAAUCUUAACAGUAAAAUGUACGGCAGACGGCAAUGCGAUUUAACAAUUUUUCUUUUCAACCACUAGUGGUCCGUGCGAAUCCAUUAGCAUAGCAGCCCCUAAAACCCACCUACAGGCCUCCUCCAUUUGACACUAUCCCAAUGCAUCAUGGAGCAAAAGUGAUGCAAUUCAUUUUAUCCACUGCCACUUGGCACAUCCUAUACCGUGCACGUAUGGUUUUUAAUUUGAGUGCGGUGAAACAUUGCAAUAUAUGUCAAUACUCCCAUCUUAUAUCCAGUAUAUGUAGAACGUAAGGACAUCUUGUCAGUUAUUUAACGUUCUCAACCAUGCCUAGUGUGUCGCUCAUCUCAUCAACUCACUAUUUAUUCCUCCUUUGCUAUAUGUAUGAAUAUAUGCAUAUGAAUAUAUACAUGUACUGUGCGUACUGUAUAUAAGUAUUUACUGUACGUGUUGACAUAUAUGAAUGUAUGAGCAAUGUGUCUGUAACGUGUAGUUAUAUCGUCCGUGUGUCUUAUAUAUCACUAUAUAUUCGUCUAUACGACUAAAUUUCAUCAUCGUCCAUUUACAUGUACUACAAUAUAUUAAUAUUCAAAUAUGAUGUGCAUGUCAAACUUUCCCCGUGACCACAAUCGUGUGAUCCGCACUCAUGAAUUGUGCGUUCACAUUGCGACACGGGCGGCAGAUCGUGCUCACAAUGUCAUUGCAUCCAUAUCUGCUUGUCGCUGAGCGACAAAAGUCGCUUUUCCCAAAGCGACUCUUAACGCCCAUGAUGUGCCCAGAAGGUGUUUAAAAGAUUUGGAUUCAUUUUCAAACACUAUACGGAGCCUCCACUAGGGAGCGUCCUUCCAUCACGCUACAGAAAGCAGCUCCUUUCAGGAGGUCUUCUGCGACUGCAGUGGUUGUUUGGUCGAUGUCCAACCAAAUGUGUUCCAGCGGCAAGGACUGGGCCCCCACUUGACGCAGACGUGACUAAACGCUGCCAGAUGCAUCACAGUUUUGCAGCAGCGGCGUUUGCCAACGUCCAAACAUGCGUCGGCAGGUCAAGUCUUAUCGAGCGGGGCAUUGCAAGGCAGUCUCCCCCAUUCUGGCUCGACCCCACCUCGCUUCCCGCCUCGCCCACUAUUUGUCCUUUAGCCAGCACGGCGCUGCGUGCUGCGCACGCUCGGUUGUGUUUGUCCGAAAUGUUUGGCAACAACCAUCAGGUGCACUCGUUCAACAAGCUGAGAUCUUUGUCAAAAAUGUGUCACGUUGUGGUUAACCCCUCCGCACCUCAUCACGUCCUGAAGACAACACAAAAUGUCUCACGGAUACAGAACCUUAAAGCCACAAAAUCUAUCAAACCGAUCCCAUUUCGUAAAAUUCCUAUUUAAUCGAAUUCGUUUGAAUUAAUAUAAUUUCGUCAAAUAUUCUAAAACAUUCAACAGUUCAACAUGUGUGUUCAAAGGCCAAAGUUGACCGGUAAAGUUUAUGUUUUGUUUCAAGUUCAACCUGAACCUUUGUGAGUGAUGGAACUCCUCUCAGCAGCCAAAAUUUAAAGCGCUCAAAAAUGGACCAAUGUACAUCUUCCCCGUUGAAUGCUUGUGACUUUGCGUUUGAGCAUUUGUGUAUCUUGUGCUAGCCAUCAAACUAUAAUCCAUUUGUAUGACGCUUUCGCAAACAAAUACUGCCACCUACUGUCCAGUCAAUUGUAUGCUUUAACUUGACUCCAACUGGUUGUACCUGUUCCAAAACUCAUCUCCUUGUAAUUUCCGCAUCAGUCGUUUCCAAGUGUACAAUUCAUCUCUCGUUGAACGUCAACACGCAGCCGGCGUCACUUUUGGGAGCCUUGGACUUGCUCCGCUGUGUUGGUUUCACAACCGCGAAUGUCAAAUUGUAUAUCGUUCUAUACUAUGUAAUAUGUAACAUGCACUAAGUGGUGAAUUGCUGCAUUCAAUGUCCGAGCUGGCCUGACAUAUCGGUCCGUUAGUAACGUUCGGUUAAGCGCUUACACGGGACGACGUACGUGUAUCUUAGUUGAAAUGUUUUGGGUGGGAAAGGCGCUUCUCUGACAAACUGACAUCACGGACCCCUUAUCUGUAAUUGUAAUGGAUCCACAUUGCUGGUUUAGAGCAUUGUGAAACAUUGAAAAGUCGGCUCAUUUGACUCCCAGAUAACUUCCUGUGAUUUAUUUUAUUUUUUUAUUUCGUGAAGUCUCCCGUGGUGUAAUUUGGACAUCUGCGCUUGAAGUCUCCUUUUGUUGGAAGUCCCGCGCGACCGAUAACCGAUACUCCGCACAUCGUGGAAACUCAUCUGGCUUGAACCCGUUCACCUUUUCCCUCGACACUUUUUCCCCACCUGAGAGCUUUUUAAGCAAGCGCCGGAAAGGAGUAACAAAGUGGGAGUUGGGGCCAGGUGGAGUGCAGAUACAAGUGUGGACGCCCCUAUCGUUGAAUGGAUUUCGCACAAAAGGAGUCCGCUGUACCUGUCUCCUGCUUUGUCCCGGUUCCCAUUCUGAUGACCACGACAAUGCCGACGACCCAAACGACGCAGCCCACCUGAAGCCUUACAGUGUGUCGUUCAGUGUGUCUAUUUCACCUCACAUGGCGGGAGGGCGAGGCUUUGUUGAAGUGCACUUGAUUUAAGAUUGUUCUUGUUUGAUUGUUAUUUCUUAUCUUUGUUAAAAAUAAACUACUGAGUUAUCA